AUGGCGUUUGGAAUUCUGGAACCUAAUGAUUAUCAGGGGCCGGUCACUGGUACCGUGAUCAUGAUGACUGACUCGGGCCACAACCGUCGACGGUCGUCUGCAACUGAGACUGUGGAUGAACCAUCUGUUUCGGAAACUCCGUCGUCAAUACAGUCUGCUGUUUUGGACGGUGAUCAUGAUGUAGAUUUGGAAAAGUCGACUCAUCAUGACGACGGCCUCAAACGUACUGCUAAUGGCAUUGUAUUGAACCCACAGCCUCAUAAUGACCCUAAUGACCCAUUAAAUUGGCCUAUAUGGAAACGAGAUAUCGCUUUGGGUGUGAUAGGAUUCCAAUCGUUCAUUAUUGGUGGUAUGAGUCCACUACUUGCUGCUGCUUUUACUAUUAUGUCUAUUGAAUUUGAUGUUCCUCAGACUACUCUGGCUUAUUUAGUCGGUGCUUAUAUGCUGGCUAUGGGUGUGGGAUCUGUUUUUUUUGCACCAACUGCUGUCCUUUAUGGUAAACGUCUGGUAUAUAUCGUAGCGUUGGUUGUAUUUCUAGUCGGUUGUUUAGUGGGUGGUGCCAGUAAUUCUUUUCGAAUGCUGCUAGGAGCAAGAAUUAUCAUGGGUAUUGGAGGAUCUCCAACUGAGUCUUUACCAUCGGCAUCGAUUGCUGAAAUUUAUUUUUUACAUGAGCGUGCCUACCGUCUGGGUAUUUAUACUUUAUUGAUGUUGGGUGGUAAGAACCUUAUUCCCAUGGUGUCUGGAUUUGUAGUGGGUACGGUGGGAUGGCACUGGAUCUUCUGGAUUCUUUCCAUGAUUGCUGGAAUGAAUCUUUUAUUGACUUUUUUCUUUGUUCCAGAGACAUGGUGGGAUAGAACUCCUAUUCCAAAUAAACAGAGUAUCAAGGAAACAAAGCUAGCACGGGAAGCUCGUGCUAAUUCAUUACGAUCUCGUGCGUCAUCGUUGGGUCAUGUUAAUGAACAAGAAUUGCCAAUGUCCACACCAGAUGCACUAAGAAUUCGUACUCAAAUGUCUCGAAACCCUUCAUAUGCCAAUCCUAUUACCUCACAUACCACUCCCACUAGAAGGUCAUCAAGAGUGUUCCACAAAGACGGAGAUAUAGCAACUCCUAAUAACACCGAUCCUAGUGAGCAUUCUACUGCAACCACUUCGGCAGUAGAACCAACUGUUAGUGCCACCACCAAAGCUGCCAAUACCAGUGCGUCCACGACUGGAACCUCGUCAAAUCACAUACGAGAUCCUGAUUCUCCAUCGCCAGAACAAAGACAGGGCCAACUUCAUACCAAGUUUCAAAUCGACGAUAAUCUCACUCAUCAUGAUCGUGAAGGUAACACCAGCGGUGCGAAUGAUUACUUUUCCAACUUUUCAUCUACUCAUAACUAUAACUCAAACGAGGUGCCAACGACACCUCAGAACCCUCGAACUCACACUGUGCGAAAACCGACAUUCGCCGAUACUGUCGAAAUAGCUCCUAGUCCACCAUCAGCAGAUGCUUUAUCACGACCGUCACUCCCUCGUGGUAUUAGUGCCAGCUCAGCACUCAAUCCCCGGAAACCAUUUAUGAAAGAACUGGCUCUAAUUAAUGGACGGUUCACCAACGAUAAAUGGUGGAUGGUCGCUCUUCGCCCAUUUUUCCUGUAUGCAUAUCCCGGGAUCCUAUUUUCAACAUUUAUCUACUCGUUCAGCGUGGUUUGGCUUAUUGUAAUCUCAGAGACCAUAUCAAAGAUCUUCUCGGCUAGCCCUUACAAUUUCCCCAUCACACCAGUCGGUCUGUUAUAUAUUGCUACGUUUCUUGGCGGAUGUAUGGGUUCUGCCGUUGCUGGUAAGGCAUCUGACCUGAUUGUCCGGACCCUGUCCAAGCGCAACCACGGUGUUUACGAGCCGGAAUUCAGAAUUCUCAUGAUCGGCCCCGUGCUGAUUGCUGUUACAAUUGGCAUGAUGGGAUUUGGAUGGUCUUCUUUUGACAAGGAUCUCUGGAUAGUUCCUGCUAUAUUUUUGUUUGUCAUCGGCUUCGGCUGUUCACUCGGCUCGACCACCGCCAUCACCUACGCAGUAGACUCUUACAAAAUGUUUGCUGCCGAGGCUCUAGUCACAUUCAAUCUAACCAAGAACGUUCUUGGAUUCAUCUUCUCGCUCUUUGUGCCGAAGUUCCUCGAGACCUCCGGUGCACGCACCACUUUCGUGGUUUUUGGCAGUGUUCAGAUAUUUGUUUGUUUAUUUGGAAUUCCCAUCUACAUCUUUGGCAAGCGUAUGCGCCAUUGGACCGACAGGGUCGACAUGAUCCGGUCUCUCUAUGUCCUGGACGACGACGAACCCGCCAACCAUCACGACCCUACUGACUAG